AAUGCAAUGAGCCAAGAAACAGCUGGCUCCAAUUCAAAGCUCCAAAUUUAUCGCAAAUCAGCCAUGAAUGUUCUACGCCGAGCGCUCAGCUUCCGGAAUAAACGGUCAACAGCAAAACAAGACACCGAAGACAGUUCUCGAACAUCCAUGGAAAUGCAACCAAUCACAUCGACAUCUCCGAACAACAACAAUAAAUCACGAAUCAAUUCAUUGCCAAGCAGUGAUGUUCCAUCUACCUCCGCAUCGUGCUCUCAACCUCGAGCACCGUCAGUGUAUGAAGAUCCAUUUGUUGCAGUGGCCGCCGAUGGCACUAUUCACAUUAAGCAUUAUUACAAUUUCAAUAGCCGAGCCGAAUUUCAUCUAGAUGAUAUUCGACAUGGACAUGUUAGAAGAAAUUGUCGCGUCAUUAAAGCAAAAGAUGUGCUGAAGGUGUUUUACGCGGCCGGAAUCGACUGCAAAGAUGAGUCGCUCUGCAAGAGUUGGGGAAUUUGUAUUAACAACGUUUGGUGGGCAAGCCAUCUAAAUAGGAUGGAAGGUGCCAACGCGUACACAAACGUAGUCCUCGUCGAGGACAGCAUGAUGCACGCAGGUUUCUCUGUCAUCAACAUUGAAGCGUUCGCCGAGACAAUUCAAUGUGUCGGGUUGCCAAGAGAUUCGCCUUUCCAAAAUGGUCUACCCAAUCCGCCGAUCAGUAUGCUCAAAAUUCCAUUUAUCGACGAUGAAGAAGAAGAUGGACCGAAAAAAAGAAAAACUCGUCGCAAUCCAUCAAAAGUAAAGAGAAAUUGACGAACGUUAUGAAUACCUUGAAGGAAAAGAAAGAGACCGUUACUCCUUCUUUAUUUUUUUUAGAUUUUCAAAACCAAUCAUUUUUGAUUUACUCUUUUUCAUCUGAACUCCUGUUUUCUUCUUCUCAUUUUAUUGUUUAAUUGACUUUGAACUACCUUCAAUUCAUCCUCAUGAAAAUGUUGAACAUCUCAUUGUUUUAAUUCAUACCAUCGUUUGUCAUAAUCCGUUAACUGUUAGUUUUAUUCCAAAUGAAAAUUAAUUAACAUC